CUUUUUUGCGCGGUGGGGGACAGACUCCGCGACCGCCUCUCCCUUUCCUAUCCGCUCCGGACCCCACACGUCCCCCGUGCCGUAGCGCUUCUUCCUCCCUCCGCUCCCGUCCGAUCCGGCUAUAAAUUCCUCGCCUCCUCCCGUCUUGUAUCCACACAUCCGAUCCAAUCCAAUCCAGCCCCCCAUCCGAUCUCGCCGGGAAAUCUCUCCGAUCGAAGCGAGGCGAAGGCUCUCUCGUCCUCCUCCUCAAGAUGCAGAUCUUCGUGAAGACCCUUACUGGCAAGACCAUCACCCUUGAGGUUGAGUCCUCUGACACCAUCGACAAUGUCAAGGCAAAGAUACAGGACAAGGAGGGCAUCCCCCCGGACCAGCAGCGUCUCAUCUUUGCUGGCAAGCAGCUCGAGGAUGGCCGCACCCUUGCGGACUACAACAUCCAGAAGGAGUCCACCCUCCACCUGGUUCUCAGGCUCCGUGGUGGUAUGCAGAUAUUUGUCAAGACCCUCACUGGCAAGACCAUCACCCUGGAGGUUGAGUCCUCGGACACCAUUGACAAUGUGAAGGCCAAGAUCCAGGACAAGGAGGGUAUCCCACCGGAUCAGCAGCGUCUCAUCUUUGCCGGCAAGCAGCUUGAGGAUGGCCGCACCCUUGCAGACUACAACAUCCAGAAGGAGUCCACUCUCCACUUGGUGCUCAGGCUCCGUGGUGGUAUGCAGAUCUUCGUCAAGACCCUCACAGGCAAGACCAUCACCCUGGAGGUUGAGUCCUCGGACACCAUCGGACACCAUUGACAACGUGAAGGCGAAGAUCCAGGACAAGGAGGGCAUCCCCCCGGACCAGCAGCGUCUCAUCUUUGCCGGUAAGCAGCUUGAGGAUGGCCGCACCUUGGCGGACUACAACAUCCAGAAGGAGUCCACCCUUCACUUGGUGCUCCGUCUCCGUGGUGGCCAGUAAAGCUCCUGGCGAUGGAGCUCUGCUUCGGUCUCUGGGUUCGCAAGUCUCGUCUUUGUUUCUGUACUGUACAUUGAUGCAGUGUUACCGUUUGUAUCUUCAAACUUCUGCUGGUGUGCAGCAGCUUUGGUGAACUAUGAAUAAGUGAGCCUAAAUUCGGUUUGUCUUGCA